AUGGUAGGUGUGCAGAUAAUGGAUGAUAGCGAAGAUUUCUGGUUGUAUCUCAAGCCCAGUGAACCAUUGCCAUCUCAGUGCUGUGGCAGUGGAUGCAAACCCUGCAUCUUUGAUAUUUACCAGAAGGAGUUGGAGCAAUGGGAAGAGGCUAAAGCAAAAAAAGACAGAAGCCUGCUGACCAGGAAGAAACAGCAAAGUAGCAAUUCAGAACUAACACAAGAAACAUUUACGGCUUUCAUCAUAAGCUCCAUUGAUCAGCUGACAGAGGACACCUACCAGUAUACUUUUGAAUUGCCUGGAAAUAGCAGGCUGGGAUUGAGUUUGGGACAACAUAUUGUACUAAGAGGACUAGUAAACGGCUUGGAGGUCCAGAGAGCUUAUACUCCAAUUACCCCUGUGAAUGCUGAAGGGUACUUUGAAGUUUUAAUAAAGUGCUACGAGAAUGGACUAAUGUCACAAUAUGUAAAAUCCUGGAAAAAAGGAGAUGCCAUUUUUUGGAGAGGCCCAUUUGGAGGCUUUCCUUACACAGCCAACCAGUAUGGAGAACUCCUUAUGCUUGCUUCUGGUACUGGUCUAGCCCCAAUGCUUCCUAUCCUUCAGUAUAUAACAGAAAAUGAGGAUGAUGAAACAUUUGUAACUCUAGUGGGCUGCUUCCGGACCUUUGAAAAUAUUUAUAUGAAGUCUCUUCUUCAAGAACAGUCCCGAUUCUGGAAUGUAAGGACGUUUUACGUAUUAAGCCAGGAAUGUUCACUAGAAAAUCUGCCAUGGAGUUUUCGAGAGAACACACACACUGGUCGAAUAAAUGAAAAUUUGAUUAGGAGUAUGUUGAACAUGUGCAGAAAGCAACCUUUUGUACUGAUAUGUGGCUCAGUGGCGUUUAGUGAAGAUAUGGAGAAAUGCUUGAAAAUUAUUGGUCUUGAAAAAGAAUCAUAUUUUAUAUUUUAAAUGAAUUCAAAUGAAUAACUUUUCAUUUUAUUUUGUUAUACUGUUCCACUCAUGUUUAUCUGUUCCAUGUACUUAUUUUUUUAAAACAAUAUUGUAAAAUGAACAGAUACUGUAAAAUAAAGUGUACAUUUAAGGAAGGUGGUGGGCUUGUUGAAUCCAAACAAGACUGAAUUUUUAAUUUGAUCUAAUACAGUGGUGCCCCGCAUAGCGACAUUAAUCCGUUCCGGAUUAAUCGUCGCUAUGCAGAAACAUCGCUAAA